UGCUCGAUCGGUAAUGACCGUUCGCUCAUUAGAUGUCGUUCCAGUCGCACUGACCUUCACACACAGGCGUUCAGUAAAUACACAGGAGUUCAUGGGAGUUGACGCAUCCUCGGGUGCCGAAUGUUGAUUUCUCGGAUUAUUGUAAUGUGGAUGAAUUAAUGUAUACAAGAUGUCGAGUUUCUGUGAUAGUUUCCACCUCAAGUUUAUCAUUUGCGCCCUUAUCAUGGUGUGCGUAACGCCGAGUUAUGUGAACGCCGGGGCAGUAAAACUCACAAAGGAUAAUAUUGAGAUGACACUAGCAUCCAAUGAAUUAGUCUUUAUAAACUUUUAUGCUGAAUGGUGUCACUUUAGUAAUAUGUUAGGACCAGUAUUUGACGAAGCCGCUGAUAAAAUUAUGGAGGCCUUUCCCGAGGCUAAUAAGGUGGUUAUGGGAAAAGUAGACUGCGAUGCAGAGUCUUCCGUGGCCUCUAGGUUCCACAUUUCGAAAUACCCCACCCUAAAAAUCAUAAGGAAUGGAGUGCCAGCUAAGCGAGAAUAUCGUGGCCAAAGAUCAACUGAGGCCUUCGUGAAAUUUAUCACGAAACAGCUAGAGGAUCCAAUUAAAGAGUUCCAUCAGCUGAAAGACCUCAGCAACCUCGAUGAUAAGAAGCGAAUGAUUAUUGGUUAUUUUGAUAAGAAGGAUGUGCCUGAGUAUCAGACAUUCCGACGAGUGGCGAUGAAUCUUAAGGACGACUGCCAGUUCCAUGUUGGAUUUGGCACUUGCUCUGAUCAAGGCUGUGAAAUUGGCGAAUUUAUUAAACUAUUUGAUAGUAGCCAGGCGAUGCAUCCCCCCGGCCAGCCCAUCAUCGUUUUCAGGCCUGAUAAGGCUCUGUCUAACGACGAGGAUGAGACCUACAAAGGCAGCCUGAUGAACUAUGACGAAUUAAACAUUUGGAUUCAAGAGAAAUGUGUUCCUCUUGUUAGAGAAAUUACCUUCGAAAAUGCUGAGGAGUUGACUGAAGAGGGAUUGCCUUUCCUAAUUCUUUUCCACAACCCUGAUGACAUGACCAGUGUCAAGGACUUUAAGGACAUUGUUACCACCACAUUAACCGAUGAGAAACAAAAUAUCAAUUUUCUCACAGCAGACGGCGUGAAAUUCGCGCACCCCCUACACCACCUGGGAAAAAGCAUAUCUGACUUACCACUAAUUGCAAUCGACAGUUUCCGACAUAUGUAUCUGUUUCCCAACUUCCAGGACAUUUUCACUCCUGGCAAAUUGAAGGAAUUUUUACAGGACCUGUACUCCGGUAAACUUCACCGCGAGUUUCACUACGGCCCAGAAACGAACAACAAGUUGCCCCAGCUCGAUGGCCAAGCAAGACAUCCCACAGCUCCACCAGAAUCGACAUUCAAGAAACUUGCUCCAAGCAAAACCCGCUAUACGCUGCUCAAAGACGAACUUUAGAGGGUGUGAUGUGAAGAUAAGUCAUCAAUGACGAACAUAUUUGUGACUAAUUGUGGUGCGUCAAUCAGAAUUAAUUUUCUAAUGAGUGCAGAAUAGGUUUCUUUUUAGAUUGAAAAAGCUCCACGAACUUCCAGAUCAAUUAUUUUGUGAAUAUAGUUGAUUCAGAAAAAGCAGAAUAAAAAGUAAUGGACGACGUAAAAAGUAAUAAUCAAUAGCCUUAUGAUAAAUUGAGGUACAACCGUAAAUUUAAGAAAAAUCUUCGAAUUUUUCUAUGGUAGUAGAAUAACGUCAUAGAUCAAGUGUGUACUGUUUGUCAAUGAAGUAUUUGAUUCGCACACGAGUAAUGGACAGUAUAAUAAAUAAUUCUUGUCAUUUCAAAAUCCUUCGUUGAAGUGAUUUUAUUACGAACGAGAUAUGAGAAGUCGACUUGUUCUACUACGUUUUGUCCCUUCAAUGCUGAACUAUAUAUAGUCUUGGAGUUCUUUUGAUAUUUGAUAAUUUUUUUCCUGAGUGGGAAAACUGUAUAGAAUCAAUACUAAUUAAUAUAAUACUAGUGUUUUACCUUCAUAAAAACAGAAUUUGAGGUAUCAGCGGAGGUGCAUUCAUAAUAGAUUAUUGUAUUUCAUUGUUAUGCAACGAAACAAGAUGAAUUCACACAGGUUAAACAAUCCUGACUCGAGUGUUUUCUCGUACUAUAGUAAUUAAUUUGAAGAAUUAUACAAACCUGGCCAUUUAUGUCGUAUAUAUAGAUUUUUUUAUGAAAUCCCGCAAUUGGAAUAAAUUAAUCCGUCGCAAAUUGUUUUUUCAACCACAAUCUGUCUACUCCAUCUCGUAGUGAAUUCGAAAAAUGAAUGUAGCUAUUGAAUUAUAUCCCUGUCUUAUUUUUCGUAUUACUAACAUAAUUUAUAGAGGUAUAGCGCAGUUACAAAAUUCACUCAAUUUAAAAAUAACUAAAUUUAUUGUAAAUUUCUGAUUAUUUUUAUCCUGUAGCUGUAAGCACAAUCUAGAAGAACAUUGCACUAAGAUUCAAAUAAAAAAUUUCUUUAUCACUUCUGGUAAGCUCUGAUUUUAAAUAAAGAAAUUGUUUAAACGCGAA